UUCAUUAGAUAUAGAUAAAUCAUUUUUCGAUAAAUUAAAAUGUCGCAUUUUUGUUCUCAAUUAUCCAAAUACGACGUUUACUUUUAAUCACUUUUGUGCGCUGUGUUUUACGUUUAGCGGAAUUGUAGACUUAUUCAUCAUCACUAACACUGUAUGAUCUGCUGAUUAUACAAGAGAAAAAAAGAAGAAAUCGACGUUUAAGAUAAAAGUUUAAGAUUCCGGAAUUUUUUGGAUAGUAAGUUGUUUAACUAGACAUGUCAUUAUGUCUUAUAUGCGACAAGUAUAACAGUAUUACAUGCGUCACAAAUCCUGAGCAAAUAGACCGCCAAUCGAGGCUUCUUUAAUUCGCUCGUUUUAAAGUGUGAUAAGACGUUGAUACAAAGCUUAGCAUGUUCGUUCGUAGAUUCAGUCGAUCUGUCGGUGGCGACUGAUACGCAUCACACAUUUUGUUUGAUUUCGCGAUAGCAGAUCGAAUAUAAUUAUCGUAUCUCAUCACAUCCUUGGUUAAAUAAGUCUUGUAAAAGACGACGUUUUUAAGAUUCUUGUUUUUUUUUUCAUUGAGAAAAUGUGUAAAUUAGUUCAAAUGUAGAUUAUAAUGAAUGAGUCAAAAGACAACUUUAGCACAAUUGAAAUUUUCUGCGUUAAUUCAGCGUUAGAUCUCGGAAACUGAAACUGUAAAUAACAUUAUCAUUCGCUAGUGAAUUGAUAUUAUAUAACAUGAACAUGAAAAAUAAAUAUCAGUAUAGCGUGUACGCUUAUUAGAGAAGCUUUAUUCGUGCGUUCUGUUUCGGGAAGAAAACGUAUCAACGAUUUUCCAGCGUGGCUUGUGUCUUGAGUUUUGAAACGGAGCAGGUCUAUGCUGUGAUCUUUCAAAAAAAAAUGUCAACGAUACCUUUAAGAAUAGAGGAUGGUAUUCGUCCACGAGAUUGGCAACCGCGAAAAUCAAGUUAUAAAGUACCUUUUAGAGUGAUGCGAUUGUGUUUGCUGGGAAUGCUUUUACCACUCGCAUUCAUUGUUGGACCAUUAUAUCUAAGAUACCGCGUAUAUUCCGAGCAAUUAUAUGCUUUAGCAAUAUCAGAUCAAAGAUUAAUCGACAGCAAAGUAUCUACCGUUUGGUGUCAAAGUCAAGUGAUCAAAGUUAAUGCCACGUUCAAUGCGUAUCUCAUGAGUAACGAGCCGAUGGUUGAAAAAGAAGCAAUACCCAUCUCGAUGACAAGACACCUCAUUAUGGAGGACGACAUGAAGGAGUACUGGGGAUUCUAUCUUUUGCAUGGCAGUAGUGUCACUGUUUCAACUUGUGUAAGAUGGCCUGGCGCUUCUUUAACAAUAAUUCGUGGCUUCAAAAAUCUUCAUGAAUGCGCCUUUAUCGGAGAUGAUAGCAGCGAGGAACUCGAGGAACUUAUCGAAAUCGUUAAGGAAGAAGGUCUUCUUGAUGUAAAGAGCACUACGGAGACAGUGCGUCUUAGCAACGUACCUGACAAAAUGAGACGAGCAGACCAAGACGUACAUUUUUAUCAUGAAGAUAAAACUCUUCGUUUGAAUAUUUCUAAAUCAUAUACACAUCAGAGCAGUCACGAAUUGGACCCUGAAACAAUGCGAAAUAUCCUCACCCAACUUUUGGCCAAGACCGAUUACACAAAGAAGAAACAGAAAAAGAAUCUGCAUCAUCAUUAUGAAGCAGUCUUCAGGGAUAUCAUCAAUAUGGAUAAACCAGUGACAAAUGAGACAGCUCAUCCUAGAAAUUCACAAGAUCAGCUUCAAGAAGAAUCAAUAAGCAGAUUUGAUAAUAAUAAAAAAAUAUCAAAAAAUAGCACAAAAUUCACGCCAACGCCUUCAAAAAUACCAGUUUCUUUUCAAGAAGAACAGUACAAUUACAAUGAAUCUGAGAGCCAACAGAAUUCCACGUUUUUGCCUAAUUCGCAUCCAAAUUCUACAAUAUCCAUCAAGCAGAUGGAAUCUAAUAUGGCACAAGAAAUCGUGAAGGAGCAAGAAGAAUUGGAAACUAAACAGACAAACUCUGAGGAAAUUUUUCAAGAUGUUUUACGAAAAAUUAAUUCUUUCGGUGAUCGCGGGAAAGAGAUAUUGCAUAAAUUAAUGGAUACGAUUGACAUGCAAGCCGGUGCCAAAGGUGCUGCAUUAAAACAAUUGGUGAACGAUACGAUGAAUGAUAAGAAAUUGUCGAGAGAAGCUAAACGGCGAAGAAGAAGAGAUUUAGUGCUUUCAUCGCCACUUUAUCAAGAAUUAACGGAGGAAGAUGAAGAUGGCAACGCAGCGAUAGAAGAGGAUAUGUUGCAUCCAGAUGGCAUUGCGGAGGAUCGAGGUACCGUAAACGAAACAACUUUGAACGAUAGAAGUAAUUCUGAGUUCUGGAGCUCGUUUAGCAGUUCCGAAGAACGGCUAUUGGAAUGCAAAGGUCUUAUCCUGAAUUUACCUUUAACACCACAUCGUUUUUGUACACCCAAACACGAAAGUGAUCAUUCUACGGCUUCCUUUGCCAAUACGGUAACAUAUAGAGUACCUCUAAAUGGGUAUUAUUUCUUUGUUUUUAAUUCGGAAAAUGAAAUUCAACCUAAUUACGUGAGGGUGAAAUUCGAUCUUUUGAAGACUGUCUACAAUACCUCGAAUCCUGUGCACGCAUGUAAAAACAGUACGAAGGAAUGCUCGUUACCGUUUAAAAUAUUUAGUAAUGAAAGGACGGUAUUAGAAUUACCAUUAAGUGGAAAUGAUUCGCAAUGGAAUGAUGAAUAUAUUGGUGUGUCUGUAUGUGAACCAAGAACGAUGGUUUACACCAUUUGUGUCAUUAUGGUGCCUUUGUUGAUCCUUUGUUUCGCUUUUCAUUAGCAGAUUUAUCGACACUACUUACGUAACACUUUUCGAUUAAUGUGAUUAAUAAUACCAUUAUUAUACCAAAAUCAUUUGAUAAAAGAA